AUGGAUUUUAGGUUUAAUAAAACCAUUAAGAAUCAUAAGAGCUCUGAGUCUGAAUUUUUGACACAUAACCCGAUAUUAAAGACGCUUGAGACUGAAGAGAUUAGUAUGGUGAGUGCUUUUAAAAGAAAAAAUGUGCACAUGUAUUCACUUUCUUAUGGGAAAUGGAAAGCAUUGGGAGCUAUAGUUAGCACAGCUGCUAUUGUUGGGAUUUAUAAAGCCUAUGUGAUUGGAGAUUCUAUUAAGGCAGAUAAACUUAAGAAAAAUGACGAAAAUAUGCUUGAAAAAGAAGGAACGAUGAUGCUGGAUUCUCAAGUUAAACCAUAA